GCGCCGCAGUCAAUCAGCUGUUGAGGCGACUGCAGAAGGGCAGCUCAUCUGUCAUAUCAAAACCCAGGCGAGACAAACAGAAAUAGUCUUAUUUGCAGAAUCCCAAAAGGUGAACGAUAAGAUGGUCAACGCGUGCUCUGAAGUGAUGAUUUCUAUAAUGACCUUCUAUAAUGCAGCUCUAAUGCAGCAAAACGAGGAUUAACGGGCGGAAUAUUUGGCAGAAACGCUCUUCAUCUUGUCACGAUCGUCUAUUCUGAUUAAAAUUUGAUAAAAGGUUGAGUUCAUAAAUCCAUCAGGCUCGCUGAAACUGUCGCAUUCUCGGCCUGUUUUUCAUGGGAAUAUAUUUGGCAUCGCAGAAACCCUCAAGAGCUCAAAACAUGCAGGAUGAUUUACUGAUGGACAAAAGCAAAGCUCAGCCUCACCAGCACCAAGAGCCGUCACAUACAGAGCCUCCAUCCACCCCGACCCCCUCCGAGCCUCCGGUGCUGGACGAGCAGAACCACGUCGGUCACAACGAGCGGCUCGCCAUGGAGUCUCCGGUGUUACCGGGUUUGGGUUUCCCGCAGGAUUCCUCUCUCUCGCCGUCGUUCGGCAGCACUUGGUCCACCAACGCCGUAGACGAAGGCUUUUUCCAAGGGAUUCCGUCGGUGAACGGGACGAUGCUUUUUCAAAACUUUCCCCAUCACGUCAACCCGGUUUUCGGAGGUAAUUUCUCCCCGCAGAUGAGAAGGUCUCCGCUGAGUGUGAACCAGAGGAGCCCCUACAGCCACCAGACGCUCAUCAAUAAAGUGUCCGCGUCGACCGCGUCUUCGUCCGCCUGGAAUAACCAUCAGAACGCGGUGUGGAGCUCCGCGGCGAACCCCUGGAGCGGCAGAGACCCGCGGAGAGCGCUCGGGCUCGGCGUCCCGUCUCAGCUCAACCCCAUCUCUCCGACGAAGAAGCCCUUCCCGAGCAAUGUCAUCGCGCCCCCGAAAUACCAGAGACCCGGAGCCCUGCAGAAACCCUGGAUGAUCUCAGAGACCCCGGAGCCCUUCAGAACCGACAACAGCAACAACAUGCUGCCAUUUCAGGAAAGGAAUCGCCCCUUUGACCCAUUCAACUUGCAAACUUUGGAGAAUUCCUUAAUGGACAUGAUUGGGACAAACCGUGACAAAGGUCGCAUGGGUCUCAACUUUCACCAUCCAGUAGCGGAACAUAUAUUACCACUGAACUCCAGGAGCUAUGGUCGCAGAAGAGGUCGCUCUUCACUGUUUCCGUUUGAGGACGGCUUCCUGGACGACGGUCACGGUGAUCAUCCGCUGACCCCUGGCCUGAGCUCGCCCACCCGCUGUCAGAACGGAGAGAGGAUGGAGCGCUACUCCAGGAAGGUGUUCGUCGGAGGACUGCCACCAGACAUCGAUGAAGAUGAGAUCACCAACAGUUUCCGUCGCUACGGUCACCUGGUGGUGGACUGGCCUCAUAAAGCAGAAAGCAAAUCCUAUUUUCCCCCUAAAGGUUACGCUUUCCUGCUCUUCCAGGAGGAGAGUUCGGUCCAGGCCCUCAUUGACGCCUGCAUCGAGGAGGACGGGAAACUCUACCUGUGUGUCUCAAGCCCCACUAUUAAAGAUAAACCAGUCCAGAUUCGCCCGUGGAACCUGAGUGACAGUGAUUUCGUGAUGGAUGGCUCUCAGCCUCUCGACCCACGCAAGACCAUUUUUGUGGGAGGCGUUCCACGACCUCUACGAGCAGUGGAGCUGGCUAUGAUCAUGGAUAGACUGUAUGGAGGUGUGUGUUAUGCCGGCAUUGACACCGACCCAGAGCUCAAAUACCCUAAAGGUGCGGGCCGAGUGGCCUUCUCCAAUCAGCAGAGCUACAUCGCUGCCAUCAGCGCCAGAUUUGUCCAGCUGCAGCAUAAUGACAUUGACAAACGGGUGGAGGUGAAGCCGUACGUGCUGGACGAUCAGAUGUGCGAUGAAUGUCAGGGCGCUCGCUGCGGAGGAAAGUUCGCCCCUUUUUUCUGUGCCAACGUCACCUGCCUGCAGUAUUACUGUGAGUACUGCUGGGCGAGCAUCCACUCGCGCGCCGGCCGAGAGUUCCACAAACCUCUAGUGAAGGAGGGCGGAGAUCGACCUCGGCAUGUGUCCUUCCACUGGAGCUGAUGGCAAGCAUCACAUCACCCUCUCCACCCACCAAACACCUUCAACACCACGACAAGUGACCGCACACGGAUCUCCCCUCUCAUCGUUUGGUUUUAGUAAACAAAUAUCAUGGUAUCUCUGUCCACUAUAUUCUCUGCUUACAAACACUUAGGAAAAUAUGAAUUUUGAGUCUGCGUGCUCAAACAUUGCACUUUGACACAAACAGUCGAUGUUAAUGCUUGUCAGGAUGUUGUGCUUUAAUUCUCUCAUUAUCCUUCGUUUGAUUGGUUUAGUGCUCCUUGUAGGUAACAUUAGGCAGUGUGAGACUAUAUAUAUAUAAUAUAUACAGUACAUUCACAAAAAGGAUAUAUUUUUAGUUUAUAUUUAUCUAUAUACACAUAGACAAUACAUUUUAGGUGUCAGACGUCUUAAAGAAGCAUGCACUUAUUGUGAAAAACAGAGUGGUAGGAAAUUCCCCCUUAGAUGAUGACAAAAAAAGUUACCAAAGGUAAAAUGAAUUCAUUACGAAAAUCAUGUUUAAGUGAGCUGUUAAAAAAAAAAAAAAAAAAGUUGAGUUAUUAGAGUAAAACGCCAUUUGCUCUCCAUGUUGAAAUGAAUAGUAAUACCUCAUGCAUGCAUCUCUUUCUGUUCGCUUCAGGUUUUUAGGCUUAAUUUUUUUAGUAUUAUCUUCAUGUAAUGCUGCAAUAGCUUUUGCUGCUAAAUCCAUGGUAUGAGUCCAUGCCGUCUUACUUUAUUCAGGCGAACGAGCGCUCCGAAGGGUCUGCGUCUGCACCGAAACUGCACGUCGAAUGAGUCUGCGAUGCAUGCUGUAAAAUCUGGUCUCACUUUCAUUUCCCCCAUGAUGCACUAUGGAAGCUUAUUUCCUCCACAGAAUAAAAAAGGUAACUGCAUCUUUUUAUCUCACAAAUCUGACUCUUGAGGGGAAAAAUUGUGACAAAUUCAGAAUUGUGAGCGGGGAAAAAUUUGAAUUCUGAGAUAUAAGCUCGCAAUUACAUGAAAAAAAGUCAGCAUUGUUAGAUAAAAAGUUGACCUAUUUUUUUUAUUCCAUGGCAAAAACAAGAUCACAAUUCUGACUUUUUCUCACAGUUGAGAGUUUAUAUCUGACAGUCCUGACUUUUCUUCUCAAAAUUGUGAAGAAAAAAAAAGCCAGAAUUGUGAGAGAUAAACUUAGAAGUUUAUCUCGCAAUUGUAAUUUAACAUCUUGAAAUUCUAAGAAGACAAGUCUAAAUUGUGAGAUAUAAACUCAAAAUUGAGAGAAAAAAAAUUUAAUUGUGAGAUAAAAGGUCGCAAUUACCUCUUACUUAUUAAUUACCUUUUAGUCAGAAUUCUAUCCCAAUUUGGACUUUUUUUCUCACAAUUUUGAGACAAAGUUCAGAAUUGUGAGGAAAAAUUGUGAAAUUAAUUGUAAUUUUUAAUUUUGUAAGAGGAAGCGAAAUCAGAAUUGUUACAUAAAAAGUAGGUGUUUUUUUUUUUUUUGUAUUCCAUGGUAGAAACUCACAAUUUUUUUUUUGUUUAUACCUCACAAUUCGGACUUUUCUCAGAAUUGCAGUUUUAUUUCUCCUUAGAAUUGUGAGUUUAAAAAGUAUUUUAUUUUACUUUUUAUUCCAUGGCAGAAAUAAGCUUCCACAGAGCACAAACUGGGCAUGACAGGAAUUGGCCUAUUGCAGAAAAACAAACAAACCAAAAAAAAACCGUGAGACUUUUUUUUUGACAGAACUGCUCAACCCAGUUAGAUGUAGGAUCUUCUAGCGAAAUGUCUUUAACAGGUGAAGUAAUUUUUGCAGUGAUUGUUCAUAGAAUUGUGCAAUUUUUAUACACUAUGUAGUUCGGUUAGAUGACGCCUAGAACUGUGAUUCGCUUUAACUGUUAUUGAUGUCUGACAGGAACGCCCUGUGAAACUAGCGCAUGUAAACAUACGGUCCCUUCUGUCCACGGAUCUCGCACACUUCUGCUAGUUAGCGUCCUGUCAGAACCAAAGAGCUGUCCCACUCGAAAUGACCAAUUACACUAAGUUACACACCGAGGAUUCACAACACUGUGUCCAGCCGGUGACUGGAAGAAUUAGCGAACACUGGCUCUAAAUGACUUACCUUACUUGGAGAUACGACGAGCGGAAUUACCUUGCGUAACCGCUGCAUUUAUAUCCAGAUUAUCCAGCAAAACUUGAAGUAAAAUCAUGUUGACGGUGGACAUGUCGAAACUAAAUUGAGAGAUGGUGGAGAGGAACGCAAAGAAACGCGUCUUGGCUGCUUAUCCGAGUCAAAAAAAUUAAAAAUACCGGUCAGCUUCAGGUUGGCACGUUUAGUUCAUUAGUCUGAAAAAAAAACGACAAACGUGAACAAUGGUGAAACUGAUGGAGAAAAAGAGGAUUGUGGGUAACACUGAUCCCAAUGACGGUGAAUUCUGGGUGUGUUUGUGAUAUUUCUCUCCCUGCCCAGAUUUUUCUAUGUUUGUUCCUUCUGUGUAGUAGAUUUGUUAUGCACUACUCUUUGUAUUUGGAUGGUUGAAUAGUCAGCGUAGGUUUUUUUUUUUUUAAUAGAAAAAAUGUGUGCUUUCUGACUAACGUAAUCUUUUGCAAUACCUCAAUUUUGAAAUAUAAUAGGAGAGAGAUUGAUAUUUUCUAAGUAAGUUUAUUUCAAAUAAAGACUUUAUAUUAAUUUAAUUCUGCUAGAGAAAAAAAAAAAGAUUUAACAGAUGCUUAAUUUUAUUUUUGUCAUGCUUAUUUGCUUUUAAUUUUAUUUUUGGAAAAAAAAAAUAAACACAAAAACAACUGAAGGAGUUAGAGCUGUAUUAUUUUAAUACUGUAGGAAGCUGCUGCGACAUCACAGUGUUCCACA